AUGAAGAGAAUGGGAUUUGAAGUGUCCAAGCGCAUCGCCUCGAAUGAGUCUACUUGCGACUCAGCCGUAUGCCAAAGAAUUCGCCGAGGAAAGCAAAGCUACCGUUCCCACUUGAUCUUAACCUCUGCGUCUGGGGUUCUUUCGUUGCUAUCAGCCUGCGCACCCUUGUUUCCCAGCAUCCUCAAACCGAGCAACGACGCCCAAGAUACCGGUUCCACUUUUCGAGAGUUCAAUCUUUAUUUGAAUAAUUAUGAGCACAAUCAACAAAACGCACGACCCGAACCAUAUGAGCCCUACUCGCUGGACACGAUGUUCAUGACAUUUGGAGUUUUCUGCCUCACUACAUCGUCUUUCUAUGGUUGCAGAUGCCACGACGUAUAUCAAGAUUUCAUUGUCUCUGUUGCGGUCCUUGGUGGCUUAUAUGUUCUACUAGCCACGGCUGCGCCUCGCGAUGGAUGGAGAGGGCUCCUGUUAGCCUUUAUCUCUCUGAUACCACCCUCUAUCUCCUUCGGUAUCUGUAUAAGCAUCAUGUUUCACCAGGCGGUUCGCAGGUUAUCUUCAAAGAAACCUACGAGGGGCUUGUGA